ACAAUUAUAAUCAAAACAUUAUAAACCGAGCGAAUGAGUUUUUCUUGCCUUUGUGUAAGUCAAAUGGUCCACAGUUUCUUCAAACGUUUUUUAGAUUUAAUAAAUUGUUUCAUUCUUUAAACUUAAUAAAAAGAUUGCAUGAUCAAGCAAAUGCAAACAUUUAUAAAAAAACCUUGAAAUUGUAAAAGCGUAUAUUGUAGUGCGAAAUCAAACUACGAUCAAUCGGUCGGCUCAAAAGACUGGAUAUUGGUACUAUAGAGAAAAAAAAAACUAUUUGCUUGAUGUUGGAAGCAAAGCAAGUGAAUGAACAAAUUAUUGUUUCGUGUAAUUUUAUAUAUUUUUAAGUUGUAUAUUCAGUAAUAAUGUUCGGUUGAAACGAAAAUAAGCUUUGAAUUAAGUGUUUGCGAUAGUUAAUGAUUCUGUUUCUACAAAUAUCUUUGACUAUAAAGCAUUGAAAAUGGAGGUCUCAAACAACACGGACGCCGUCAACCUUGGCGUUGGUGAAGUAGAAGCAGAAAUUGGAGAAGAAUUAAAACAAUUAGAGGAAGGAAAAGAUUUUGAUACACGUAGUGAAGUGACCAGUUCAUCUUCUAGUGAGUCGAGCUCUCCUAGUAUAAGUUCAGUUAGCACUAAAUCCAAAGAACGACGCGCGACUCGUAAACGAAGCAAUUCUGCUGCAAGCCAUUCACCUGUACAACAUAAACGACGAUGCGUUACAAACAGUAACAGCAAAGUUAAGACAUAUGAUUAUAUGACUAAGUUGAAUUAUUUAUUCAGAGAUACACGAUUCUUUCUAAUCAAAUCCAAUAAUGCAGAAAACAUAACAUUGUCUAAAGCAAAAGGCGUGUGGUCUACAUUACCACAAAAUGAAGCUAAUUUAAAUCAAGCCUAUAGAGAAUCACGAAAUGUUUUAUUAAUAUUUUCAGUAAAAGAAAGUGGCAAAUUUGCCGGAUUUGCUCGUUUAGGUAGUGAGUCACGGCGAGACGUUGCCCCUAUAUCGUGGGUGCUUCCUCCUGGUCUGUCUGCGAAAGUACUUGAUGGCGUAUUUAAAGUAGAUUGGAUUUGCCGAAAAGAUUUGCCUUUUAGUAGUACUCUUCACCUCUAUAAUCCUUGGAAUGAGGGGAAGCCAGUCAAAAUUGGCAGAGAUGGGCAAGAAAUAGAGCCAAAAGUUGCUGAGGAACUGUGUAGGCUAUUUCCAGAAGACGAUGGCAUUGAAAUGACACCAAUUCUUAGAAAGUCUAAGGAGGCAUCAAAGAAAGCAUAUUUGAAAAGUGGAGGUAACUACAGAACUUAUCGUGCUCCUCUUUCAACAAGAGGAUCCAACUAUAGAAAUCGCUUAAAUUCAUCAUCUAGAAGUAGACGAAAGAUGUUUAUGUCUCCAAGGAGUAGAAUUUCAUCUGGUUCUUAUAAACGGCGGUCUCCUUCACCCUACAUGAGAGACCGUUUACCUGCUUGGUUUGGUCGGAACCGUGAUGGUUAUAACAGCAGCAGUUCUGCAGCUGAAGCUUAUGUUGCUGAAUAUAUGAGAUCAAUGCACCAUCAGUUGCCACCAUUGCCUUAUGUGCCCCCGCCUGGGUUUAGUGGAGCACUCUCAACCUACGAUGGAAUACCCCCACCGCCGCCGCCGCCUCCGCCGCGUUACUAUGACAUAGCAGAUUAUCCACGAUCUGUGUUAGUUUAUGAUAAAAGAUCUUAUGAACGAUCUGUGGAUGAAUUUCUGUGGCGUACAUCAGAUCGCUCUCGUGGGCGUAGUCGUGAACGCGAAUCACACAGAUCUUACCGGGAUCGACGAUGAAACUGUAUCAACCCUCAAUGUAUUGAUUUAUCUGAUAAUUGCCAAUAAAAAAUUGUGUUUGAA